GGUCACAUCCGUCCGUGUGCCAGGGCCUCUGUGCGGACCGGAAGCCCACGGUGACAUGCGUCCACGGAGCGCUGAACCUGUUCCCUCCCGCACGGCACGAAUCCCGUGAAGCAGCAGCAGGCCGUGUCUCCUCCACCCACGAUCAUGUCGGGGAAUCAUUACAAAGGCCACGAAGUCAGCUGCUGCAUCAAAUACUUCAUCUUUGGAUUCAACAUCCUGUUCUGGCUGCUGGGGAUGGCCUUAGUGGGAAUCGGACUGUGGGCGUGGAGUGAGAAGGGGGUCCUGUCCAACCUCUCAUCUAUCACAGACCUGGGGGGUCUGGACCCAGUCUGGCUCUUCAUGGUGGUUGGGGGGGUUAUGUUCAUCCUGGGCUUUGCCGGAUGCAUCGGAGCGCUGCGGGAAAACACGUUUCUACUGAAGUUUUUCUCGGUGUUCCUUGGAAUCAUCUUCUUCCUGGAGUUAACGACGGGAGUUCUGGCGUUUGUCUUCAAGGACUGGAUUAAAGACCAGCUCAACCUGUUCAUCAACAACAACAUCCGGGCGUAUCGGGACGACAUCGACCUGCAGAACCUCAUCGAUUUCACUCAGGAAUAUUGGGAGUGCUGUGGUGCUUUCGGAGCAGACGACUGGAACCUGAACAUCUAUUUUAACUGCACCGAUGGAAACCCCAGUCGGGAAAAGUGCGGCGUUCCCUUCUCCUGCUGCACCAAGGACCCAGCGGAGGACGUGAUCAACACUCAGUGUGGCUACGACAUUCGAGCCAAACCAGACUCCGAGCAGAAGGACUACAUCAACGUUAAAGGCUGCGUGCCCCAGUUUGAGAAGUGGCUGCAGGACAACCUCACGCUGGUGGCGGGGAUCUUCAUCGGCGUUGCGCUGCUGCAGAUCUUUGGAAUUUGUUUGGCUCAAAACUUAGUGAGCGACAUCGAGGCGGUGCGGGCGAGCUGGGUGCCCCCCCCUCUCUACAUGCGCCGACUCCCACCGUACUCCAGCAAGAAAGCGUCGGCUUACUACUCGUGAGACACUCGCACACACCGCAUGUGUGUUUGUCACCGGUGGGUGUGAUGGAUCCAUGUGGAGACUUCUCUUGAGCUUUGCUGUGUGAUCUGUGUGCUGUUUAAGGUGCAGCUGUGGGGUAGUCAUGUGACCCUAACAGUGUUGUGUGGAAGCAAGAAUGUGCCACAAACUCAUCAUUUUUCACUAUUAUUAUUUAAAAAUAAAUGUGAAUUUAUAACAAAUACAUUUUAUUAAAACAAUUCUAAAAAAUAAAAAUAAAUUAUUAAAUUAAUGAAUUCAGUUUCGUAUUAACACCUAACUACUACUAAUUACUACAAACUGGCAGUAGAAGAACCCCCACCAGCAGCUAGCAUAUUAAAGCUUUGUUAGCACUUGAACACGUACGUCUGUCCCACCAUCCACACGCUGUAUUUCAAACCAAAGCCUGGCUCUUUGCUCUCCAUGCAGCAUGUCCUGUUGUUUUAGUGUAGCGGUGUUAGCUAGCUGUAGUUAGCAACACGUUAGCGACUGUCGCAGCAGACCAUCUGUCCUGGCUUUAAAGUGCCACAGUUAGAAAUGAAAUGCUGAUAUGAUUUUGAUCACACACAUAACGACACCAUGAUGAACAGAAACACAGGAAUCCACGUGCCCAAGAAGCUGAAAAAACAAUGCAGGAACUAGCUAACAGCUAGCAUGUUUGGCUACAGUAAUUGAACGUGAAGCAUGAAUAAUCUGACAUGAUGACAGCACACGUGCUGUUAGUGACACAGUCACAGCAAACUUUCUCCAAACGUGGCUCCUGUUGUGCUAAACUGCACAGAAGCCCUGUAGCUGCAUCUGAGUGCUACCAAAGCAUGCUAAUAUUAGGUUUGCCUUCACUGUGGUCAGUGUUGUACCCACAACAUUCAGCAAACCUGAGGUCAAAGGUCAAACUACACUAAUGUAUUUACUACUUACUGUGCUGGUAGCACAGCAGCUGACGUUUAAUCAGAGUAUAGCAUCACGUCAGUACUGUUUGCAGUCUGCUAGCAUAGCCUGCAGUAGCAGACAGAGGACUGUACGUCCGUAAACCAUCAGCAGGACCAGUAUUUGCUUCUUUAUGCAACGAGGAACAGGAUGACCUCUAACUGGCCACUGUGUAAUGGCUCUGACCAAACAACAGACUUCAUGAGGGUGGCCUCCAGUGGACUCUGAUUGGCCUUUGCCAUAGAAUACCAGAACUGGCAGGUCCACCAGUGGGGCCCUGUGCUUUUCAUAGAUUCACCCUGAGCAUAUGUGAAAGACACGAAAAGGGUCUGGAGAGGCCGUGGAAAUGUUAUGCUGCCUGUGACAUCCUUAAUAUGAUGGAAAAGAGUUCAAACCCACAGAAACAGAAGAAAAAAGAUGAAAUAACGAUCAACAAUAGUCCAGGAAAAUUAAAAACGUUUGUUUGCAGCAGAAACAGCUGUUUGACCUGCAGGAACAAAGCAGGCUGUCAGGGUUAGGGUCCAGCACAAUGCAGGGCCUUCAACAUAAGCACUAAGAUGUUCAGACCAAUGCUGAAAUGAACUGGAAGCCCAUGUAAUGUCUAAGUGCAGGUGUUUUAUUGUUGUGCUGUGAGCAGUCGAUGUAAACGCAUCAUUUCAGGUAAAACAGAUCAGAGGUUACAUCAGGUACAGGUGCAACUCAAACAUGUGGAGCAAACAUGCUGUUUGACUGGACCCUGUUUGUCAGCGUCCAGUUAAACUCAUAAGGAUCAGUUGUCUGUUACUGAACAACAUCGUCAUUCAGGAGUCUAACAGUACUGAGUGAAGUGAUGCUACUGUACAUCAGAGAUGCAGUCAUGGUCAGCGGUCAGAGUUGGGGCACUUUGCUUUCGAAGCCGUAACCUGUGAUUGUUGCAAAGUCUUCCCUGACCCUGCAGAAGAUCCUUGGUGGUGUCACCCUAACCCUCAGCCUUCUGUCACCGCAGCAGGCUUGUUAGUGACGCACCGAGUCGUACAGUUACUAAACGCCUCUUUCUGUCUUUUCCUUUCCAGCUUCUUUACCUAAUGCAGCGUUUAAGCUCCAGCACGUCGGGGAGAUCAGACCCGAUCACGGCACCAUCCCUUACUGAACCAGCACCUUUGUUCCAAGGCACUAAUAUGUGAAAUGACUUGUAUAUAAACACUGUGAGUAACUACUGUACAAAGAAGGAGAGCACUGUUAGCAUUCGCAGCGCUCCAGGUUUGAUAGCUACAUCUAGAGUAGAAGUUUUGAUAAUGUUUUUGAUAUUAGAUAUUUUUCACUGUAGUCAUUACGGGCCAUCGUUAGGACUGCGGCUCGUGCUCCUCACACUCAACCACUCGCUUCCUGUACCUUUGCAUUAGUUGCGCUUGACUGCUGCACCGUAGGGAGGAAUCUGUAAGUGGAUAUCUUUGCAUGCUGCACUGACAGCAGCUAAACAUGCUGUAAAUGCACAGUACGAAUGAAAGAAGGGAUCACUUCAAUGACUUCCUUCUCUACUGAAGAAGGGAAGUGUUUGAGGAUGUUGCUGCCACGUUCAUCACCACCUUGUAGCUCUGCAAGCACUGGAGUGGAUCGCUAAACUCCUCCCACUGCCCUACCCCUUGCUCCGGUGUGACACCUCAGUAUUCUUUAAUCGGCUCGUUUCAGAUUGAAAUCAGUUUUAGUUUAGACGUCCACCGUAGAGCUCGUUGAGACUGACCUGGAACUUGAAAAACAGAAACCGUUCUUCUGUUUAAAGAGGAUUUAUUAUUUGUUCUUAUCUUCUUGGAUCUUUUUAAAGGCAGCAGCUGUAGCUUCUCUCAGUGCUGCUUGGCUCAAAGGGAACCAGUUCCCAUGGACUCGUGAGAAAAUACCCAACUUCACAGUAUUUCUAGAACAGCGGUCCCCAGCCUUUUUUGCACCAGGGACCGGUUUAUGUCCGACAAUAUUUUCACGGACCGGCCUUUAAGGUGUCGCGGAUAAAUACAACAAAAUAAAACCAGUACUGGUACCAAAAAAGAUCAGAUUUAUUCAUAACACACGGGAAAAGACCCAGGGAAACUGAGUUAGCGAAGAAACUGAUUAAAAACUCUGAAAACCAUGAAUUUCACACCCGAGUCUCAACUUUCGCAGCCCUCCACGCCUCACGGGCCGAUGGUCGGUUGGGGUACCGGUCGAUGGUCGGUUGGGGUACCGGUCGAUGGUCGGUUGGGGUACCGGUCGAUGGUCGGUUGGGGUACCGGUCGAUGGUUGGUUGGGGUACCGGUCGAUGGUCGGUUGGGGUACCCGCUGUUUUAAAGCAUAUUUACGUUGUGGGACAAAGAACAGACACAUUCGUAACACAUCUAAAGUGGGCUGCUUUUAAAGAACUCGUGCACCUGCACAACUGAAACGUGGGUGUGGCAUCUUUAACAGGUACGUCAGCACAGGUAGCAUGCAGGCCUCACCUUUGCUAAUGUGAGUCAGUGAACCUGACCCCGCACUUUUAGGAUGGUUGUUGUUGGUUACUGUGUGCUGCAGACAGUUCUGGUGUUUUCUGUUCAUUUCAUGGAUCCUACUAACGAAGCUAAUAGCACUGGCUGACAGUCGGGCUGGCCUCCACCCUCUCGUCUAUAAAGGUGUGGCUCCUAACAUGGCUGCAGCCCAAACCUCCUCUUUUCAGCUUUAGAUUUCAAAACUGUGACACCACUUUGUUCUUGUCUGUUUGAUAUCAUCUGUGGAAACUACAGACAAAUUAUUUAGAAAAUGUCAGUACAUUUCAGUUUGCAUCACAAACACAGCGUUCAGCUGAUCUGAGGCUCCAGCUCAAAGACAAAGCUACACGUGACUCCGCCCAAAACAGACCCUGAUACUGUUGCUCAGUAAAGUCACAGCUUUGGAUACAAAGACAAGAAAAUGAUUCUAAAAACGACCUGUUCAGUUACAGUAACUAAUGAUGAAGGACAGAGACGUUUGAAGAAAGUAGUUUGUGUUGUUGGACAGUUACUCGCUCCGUCACAUGUGAAUAGACGAGUCAUUAUUACACUUGUGCUGUUUUCAGGUGUCACUCAGAUUAUACUCGUUGGUUUGUUGUGUCCUUACAUAACGUCACGCGCCGUCUCGUUCCCGCCGUGACGUCACGCGCCGUCUCGUUCCCGCCGUGACAUCAUGCGCCGUCUCGUUCCACAUCUUUACUUAAACACUGAGUGAAGCUCGGUGAAAAUGAUCAUCCUCAGUGUUUCAUACCCAGCGUUUUUCACUUGAAUGAAAACAGACGUUCACCAAACGAGCUCACGUGCUCCGUGUUUCCCUCGGUGAUUUAAAGUGAUUUGAUUGGCUCACAGCAUGUACUUGUAUUAAUGUGCUAACUACCUUGUUUUUCUUGUCAUGGCGGUUAUCAAGUGUUCCCCGGAGCUCCUCAGAGUUCUUUUCUACUCACAGAGGGAUCAGUAAUGUUUUUGAUAAUAACUAUUUUACAGUGAACUUGGUUUUCUAACUCUACACCUGUCAGUACUACUGAAUCUGCAGCGACACGUUUGGAGGUGGUGACGAUGCCUCGGCGAUCUCAGAACACGCCAUAGACACUGGACUGUAACCGCCUCCUUUCAUGUCUUUGUCUCAAACUGCUUUUAAUAUUAAUAAAGGUGAUGACAUUA